GCAGGGCGACCGCGGUGCGGCGGCGGCGGCGGAGGCGCACCGGGAUCUUAUCCUUAUUGUAUUUUAUUCUGUUCUUAGCUCUCUGUCCCGACGAACGUCCCACUACAUCCCUAUUGUAAAACUGAACGUUUUAUUGUAACAAAGCCAGUUUAUAAUAAACUAACGUAUUAUGCCAAUAUGUUAGUAAAAACUCAGUCAUUCUUUGCCCGGUCUUCAGACGGUCUGUUUUGUUGUGUGAACGAGUGUUACAAAUAAAAUAAUAAUAACGGCGAACACAGAUUUUUAAGAAAAUUGCUUUAUCAACUGACAUUAUGAAUGUAAAUGAUUUAGUGACCCGUUUAUUUUUUCUCACCAUUAUUUAUAUUGUUGGAGCUGCACCUGAUGAUAAGAACUCCGCGUCGAAUCCAGUGAACAACGAGGCGUGCAAGGCGCGUGCGACCGCGUGCGAAUCGAACGCAGCGCACGCUCGCCGUCCUGUCUGCGGCACCGAUGGCCAUACAUAUCCUUCGCGAUGUCACCUCAUGAUAGCCCAAUGCAACGGCCCACCAGUCACCAUAGCAAGGAAGGGACCCUGCGUCGAGGGACAAUCAUCCUGCCUGAUAGCGCAACGAUAUGCCCUAAACGCGCAGAGCGGGGUGUGGUCAGCAUACGUUCCUCGAUGCCGUGCUGACGGCAGCUACGCCGCCGUGCAAUGCGCGAGCGCGGGAGCGGCCCCGGGCGGCUGCUGGUGCGUCACUCCUGAUGGCAAACCGCUCCCAGACACUUCUGUCAGAAACGGCAGACCUGAUUGCACAAGGACCGGUAAAUCACACACGAGGAGGCGGUCCUCGGUUCGCGGCCAACGCAAUAAAAGAACGUGCACAAGGACCGACCGGGCCCAGUUCAAUGGGAAUCUCAUCAAAAUCUUUAGCGGCGAGUUCGAAAGGGCUCGAACUGAUUCUGGAUCAUCACCAGAACCGAGGGUUGUAGCCGACUGGAAGUUCAGGGAGCUGGAUAGAGACCGUAGCGAUGCUUUGCAAAAGUCCGAGUAUAGAGGACUCAGAAGACUUAUCAAAAAGGUGGUGAAACCCAAGCGGUGCGCACGGGCAUGGGCGCGCGGCUGUGAUGGUGAUGGAGACGGAGAGAUAGCUCAUGCUGAGUGGGUAGCGUGUUUGCUGGUCAACCCGGAGCCGCCUGCACCGGACUUCUCUCUCCGUUUCUUCAUGUCGUUGAAUGCAGACGAUGACAGCGGUCCGGAACCCGAGCCUGCUGAUUACGAGGAGGAACCGCCACCAGAUCCCAGCUCAGUUUAUUUUAUUUCUGCAGUUUUACCUGGGAUUGUGCGGAACUCGUUCGCGCCUGAUGGAUCCGAGUCUGAAGCGAGGCGGGAAGAUGAGGCUAACGACUGCCUGACAGACAGGCAAGCUGUUUUGGACGAACAGAAAGCUGGUGGAGCUGCACUGUACGUGCCCGAGUGUACGGGCGAUGGAAGGUACGCUCGCGCACAGUGCUACAGGUCAACUGGCUACUGCUGGUGCGUGCACCAAGACACAGGGAAACCAAUCCCGGGCUCCUCCGUCAAGGAUCGCCGACCUGACUGCGACGCGGCACCACAGCACGCCAGUCCGAUGAGAGGUACGAUCUUAUCAGGUUGUCCAGAGCCAAUGAAGAGCAAUUUCUUACGGGACCUGAUGAGCUUCUUCGUGUCCAAAAUGACGACUUCUAUCAACGGUACUGGCCCUGGAGAUAUGGUAAAAUGGGGAGCAUCCAAAGAGGAGCAAGCAGCUACUUGGACUUAUGUAAUGUUAGACAAGGAUAAGAACAAAGCAUUGGAGCGACGGGAGUGGAAGGCGUUCCAUCAGCUGAUAUCCAACGUCGAGCCUCUGAGGCGAUGUGGUCGAAAGCUGCCUAGGUACUGCGACGUUAACCACGACACCAAGAUCAGUAUUACAGAAUGGAUGGCGUGUUUGGAAGUCACACAAGGGUCACAGACCCAAACGACUGAAGCUGCCAAAGCCCCAUCUAAUCCUAGAAGAAAAGGUCCGAAUCCACUGGAAUCAUUUCUGAAAGCUGAUGAUUGAUCCAUCGCGUGUUCAUGUGGACUGUGUUUAAAGGACGGUGACAGGUAUUCGUGCCAGUGUUAGUGGUAAGAAAACUGUGCAGUGAAGUGUUCAUGUCUACGAACAGACUAUGGCCAAGUAAGGGAUUUGCCGAUCUUUUCAAAGAUGGUUUUCAUCAAAAUGUCCUAUCUACAGACUGAAUGAUGGUUUUCAUUCGAAGUAUUUCAGACCACUAACGAAUGUGGCCUUUCUAGCUUGUGCGCUUUUACUGUUAUGCCAUAAAUGUCCUACGCCCUAAUAUUUAAUUAUUAAUAAGAGUUUCUGAAAGAUUCUCAAACAUAAUUUGUAAUUAGUUUAUAAGUAGUUAUUGUCGUAAUUUAUUGAAGUUGAUACAAAAAUUCUGACUUUCACUAGUCGUGUAUUUAUGUAAUUCCUUUAGAACUACUUACUCUGCCUAGUACCUAACAGAGUGUAAACAUUAUUUUCUGAUUUUUGUAUGCAUAUUGUUAUCGUAUUACUCUGUAUUAUGUACUGUACAUAAACAAUUUACUAUAUAACAUUUCAUGUGCUGCUACAAUAUAUAUUUAAAAUGUAAUACAUCUCCUGGCACAAAAA